CGUCUAGCAUGGAAGAUUUAUGGUGUUGAGUGAAUCUUCGUCUCCUUUUUUGUUUUCAGAAUAAUUCUUCACGAUGGUCCGUAAAAAACUAUUUAUCAACCUAACAGCAUCCUAUGCCAGUUGAUUAUGGAGUGAUAUUCUGUACAGUAGCCCAAUUAUUUCAUUUCUCACAACUCUCCUGUUAUUAAGCUGUUUGUAAAUAGAAAGCCAAAAUGACGGAUAAUUUUCCAUUUUUCAAGCAACAUCUGAAAUGUUUUGAGUCUGCACCAGUCAUUCAGAAUACCAACACGAGGACUGAGAUUCGCAACUGGAAGUUCAGAGUGCAGGCUGAUAUUCCACCAGGAGAAACGAUGUGUGUCAUCGGAGAUUGUGAACAGCUUGGCAGUUGGAAAAUUGAUGACGCCUUGGUUUUAACGCAGGAGAAAUCUAAUGAGAAUAUUUGGUCUGGUAUUGGCACAAUUCCUCUAACAGAAGUAUACUAUCGGUUUUUCUCAUGCAUCUUGGUGGAGCCUGACAAUUUGAGACACACCUCAAGGAAGCUCAUUGUGCGAAAGUGGGAGGCAGAUAUUUGUCCGCGAAAAAUUUCUGCUUCCAGUGAAACAAACAUGAACGAAAAUGUAGAAUCUGAAAUUUUUGGCUCAUAUGAUGGCCAAAUGGUACUAGAAAAAGGAUGGCUAACCAGUGAAACAGUAGUUCAAUUCAAGUUGUACAACAACCCAAUUCAUCUCUGGAAAAAAAAGUUGCAGAAUAGAAAAAUCCAUGUGAAAGUAACCCCUGUGAACUUAAAUCGCGGAGGCAGUGUGGAUUUGGAUAACAGCCAAUCAGAGUCAUGCCAGGAUGAAGGACUCAGCAUUGAAACAAUGGAUUUAAAUGAUAAAACAACUAAUUGGCCCAUCACGGAAGUUGCUGUUUUAAAUGAAGAAGAACGACUUUUCAAAACUCAGGGACAGUUUGGCCAUCUAUAUGAUGAAAAUGAUUAUCUUAUUUUCCAAAUACAGACUCUUCAACCUGAAACCACGGCUUAUUUAAUGGAUUUUUACGUAUACGGAUCAAAGAUCGCUGAAAAUGACCCUCCAGAUCACAUAGGAUUUAGUUACAUCUUGCCAAGUAUUCUCAAAAAUAGUGAAGGCCAAGCAAUUGUUCCUAUUACCAGCGUUAGACAGCAUCCCAUUGGGCAAAUCUCUGUGUAUUAUCUUCUUGUCCAUCCAAUCAAAGACUACAGUUGUGAUAUGAACGUUUGUUUUUCAAAGCAAUGGAAAGCAUCCUGGAGUGGCCUGAAUGUUGGUCACCGUGGAGCUGGCUCAUCUUUUAAAGUAGAGACGAAACACUGUGCUGAGGUUCGUGAAAACACAAUAGCAUCCUUAAAAGCUGCAGCAGCUGGCGGGGCAGACAUGGUUGAAUUUGACGUUCAACUUUCAAAAGACUUAGUCCCGGUCAUCUAUCAUGAUUUUCAUGUUUGUAUUUCAAUGAAAAGGAAGAAAUCAGGUUGUGAAACAGAAAUGUUGCAGUUGGCUGUCAAAGAACUAUCAUACGACCAACUUCAAAUGCUCAAGGUGUACCAUCUGAAAGAAAAUGAAAAGGAAGAAAACCGCUUUGCCUGCGAUGAUGCAGAGGAACACCAGCCAUUUCCUACGUUAAAACAAGUCUUGGAAGUUAUCGAUCCACACAUAGGCUUCAACAUUGAAUUGAAAUGGACUAUGCAACUAAAGGAUGGCACAUUUGAGCUUGAUAACCCAUUUGACAUCAAUAUCUAUCUAGAUAAAAUCUUGAAAGUGGUUUUGGAGCACAGUGGAUCCAGAAUUGUUGUUUUCCAUUGUUUCAAUCCUGACAUAUGCACAAUGUUGAGACUUAAACAAAAUAAGUAUGCUGUAGUUUUCCUAACACAAGGUGUAACAGAAAAGUAUCCCAUGUAUGCAGAUCCUAGGUGUCAGACCGUACCUACUGGAGCCCAUUUUGCUAUCAACUCUGGUCUUUUGGGUAUAAACAUUCACGCUGAAGAAAUCCUCCGUAACAAUGAUUGGGUUGCAUUUGUCAAAAAUGCGGGCUUGAUUCUCUUCUCCUGGGGUGAUGACAAUAACGAUGCUGUGAAUGUCAAGCAUCAGAAAAAGUUGGGAGUCAAUGCUAUUAUCUGUGAUCUUAUCGAUCGAGAGUGCCACAAAGAAGAAGGAGAGAGUGUAUUCCUUAUGGAAGGCAGUGAGUCUGAGAAGAAACUUUUGCUCAAGGCUGCGGCACAGCUCAGCGAUCAGUUCUCAAUCAAAGCUGACCCUAUAUUACAUAAGGAGGAGAAGAAGGACAAUGGACUUGCAGAAAAUAAUUCCACUGGUAUACUUUCAGACUCAAGUGCAUAAGAUUACCUGCCAUUUGCAUCAAAGGUUUGAACAAGAGGAAGGCAUGUAAUGUAACCUGGAAUUAUUUUACUCAUCCUCUCAUUAAGUUAUUUAUUUCUUUCACACUUUCUUUUCAUCUUUCUCAUGUUUGCAUUAUCAAUCUACCUGAGCAGGGGUGCAAAAAGUGCUCCGUUGGCCAAUCCUUGGAGAAAUGUAAAGGCACCCUAAAAGGGAAAAACUGUUGAAGGUAGAAUGCAUUUCUAUGAAGAAAAUUAUCCAAUGAAUUAUUUUCCAUAAAGGAAACUACCUAAUCUCAUUGCUUUUGGCAAAGAAAACUAUGUAAAGUGUUCUUUUAUGCUAAGGAAACAGUGAAGCGCGCAGUCUUGUAUGGACAAAAAUGUGAAGGGAAAGUAUGUAUUCUUAUCAUGACAGCAAUGAGAAGGCCGCCUCAAAAAAUGUGGAGGCAAAGGACUUUCUACACCCCUGUACCUGAGAUUUUUUGGUGACUAGAUUUAAUUCGUUUAUGUUGUUGAAUGUGUCAAAUCAAGACUGAAGAAAUUUAAAAUUAUUUAACUUGCUCAGUGUCAAGCCAGGCAUAGCAACCCUCUUUAAAGUUUCUGCCACUGGCUGAAAUGUCGUUAAUAACCGUAAGCACUUGUGUGUAUCACAUUGCGAAGGAAUAACAGUGCCAUUUAUGGGUUCAUCAUAAACCAAUCAUGAAGUACUUGACAUUGAUGCAGCGUUGAUGUUACGGAUGCAGCUGUAAUAGUAGCUUCUAGCCUUUACUUACUACCAGACGCAUAAGUGGAGAUUAUGUUAAUACCACUUCUACUUGUCAAUUAAAAAGAAAAAAAUUGUCUCUAACUUGAAAAUUAAUGAAUUUUUCUACACGUUGCAGUACUAAAUAAAAUCUUCCUGUUGGAGAAAUAUUUUAAAUUAACUUACUUCCAGCUGUUCGUUUUCUUAAUAAGAAAAACAUUGGCAUUCAUAAUCCACAGACUUAUUUUGAGAAAAUUGUUGAUCCUUGUCUUCAGUUUCUAUUCUCUUAGCCUUGAGAUUGCUUUUUCAAAGUGAAAUAAGUGAGAUGAAUCUUUUUUAUGAAGUUCCUGUUUACUAAAGCUUUUGUAUCGGCUACAGACGUUUUAGUUUAGGACAGCUUUUCUGAUGUUGGACUUAAUGGAACUCAAUAUAAUUGUAGCUAUCUGAAGUUUCUAGACAACUGAAAUUUACAAGAAGGAGAUUUUGUCUGAUCUCAAUCAACAGACUUAUCUAUAGAGUAUUCUUUUUGUAUGUUUAGAACUAAUUACUUACGCUCUACCAUACAAGUUUACUGUAGAAGUACAAAGUGCAUACUUAGUUUAUUUUGUGCUGAUGAAACAAUUGAAAGAUCAAAUAAGACCCUUGCAAAGUAGAGAAAGUAAAAAAAUAAUGAGAAAACAGGGCAAAAAUCAUAUAAAUUUAGUUAAAGUAUAUACCAUGUUUGAUAUGCUUUUUUCAUAUUUAGUUGUAAAUUUAGUUGUUCUCAUUCAAAAACUACAAUUCAUUGCUCAAUGAUUUCUCUUGCAAAGUUUUGUAAAAUUUGAAAGAAAAUGAGAGAAUAUUCAAUGUGUGUGUACUAACACUAAAAGUACAUUAUUUGUUGAAUUUGUAACAAGAAAUGCAGCUCCACUGUCUUCAAAUCUGUUCUUUGGAAGUACUCAGAAACAGAAAAAAACUGUUUUUAUUAAUUUGAAUUCCUAAGUCUGGAAUUUAACCCUGAACAAAACAAGCUCUCUCACAAGUCCAUUCUGCAUUAUUUUGAUGUGAAAAGUGAGAGAUUCACAAGCAAGUAAGACAUCAUAACUGCAUGCCUGGUUCUCCCCGGCAAGCAACCCAGGGAGUUUCUAAGCGGUUGCAAAUAUUGACCAGAAGAAAGAGAUAGGAAAGGAUUUUUUUCUCUUUUUUUUUAAAGAAACAAAUUAAUAGUUAUGUUGGUAAGUUUUGAUGGAAAAUAGGUCAAUCUUGCUCAAAAUGGGACAUCAUAUUUUGACAAUUUUCCAGAGUAGGCCCUUUUUGGUACUUAUAUAAUCUGUCCCGCUGGUACCAACUUAGGAAUGGCAUAAUUCUCAUUAUUUCGAAGCAGCAAAAAGUGAAAUCCAGGUAUGUAUAACUGUUUAUGCAAACAGCUGCAACUGAGGCAACAUUUCAACCUCAUAAGUGACAUUAAGAUUUUGCAUCUUGAAUGAAUACAGUUUUAUCUUCUACUUCCAUUUCAUUCAAGCCACCUUUCUCGAGAGAAGUCAAUUUUUUGUGCUUUUUUACCCCUGUAUUCAGUUUUUUGUUGAGUUUUAAAUUGGAUGAUUCAAGAGUUUUAAUACUAUUUUAAGAUAGCUCAGCAGUCUGCUGAGCACAGACGAAGUGUCAAAUAUGAUAAAUAAGCAUGUCCUCUUUUUGUACCCUUUCCGGAAGAGAGUGUUUAAUUUCUAAUCAAUUAUGAAUUUAUAUGAUUAAAUUAUGUUUUUCUGGUGCUUCCAGUAGGCAGUAUGGCUUCCUGGUGCUUCUCCUGUAAGGCGCCUAAUGGAAUUUCAGGUUCUUGUAACUUCUAAUCAGAAAAAAAUUUAGUAACUGUGAUAGUAAAUUGUAAAACUUUUUUUUUCUGUCUCUAUAAAAAAUUUAGGACUUGUUUUCUUAUUAUUAAAGAUUAUUAUCUUAGAUACUUUUUGUAUACUAGAAAAAUAGAAGCAGCCCCCAUUCCAUUCAAGUUUCUGAGACGUGCCUAAUAUUGUGUGUUGUACAUAAGAUUAACAUUGUGUUUGUGUGAAUCUGUCUAUUCAAAAAAUUCUUGCUUCCUAGAAUGGUUAGAAGCUUCCCAAUAAUCUGGAUGUCGGAAUUCUUGAGAGAUUUGACUGUUUGCAGCUUUAUUUAUUAAUUCAUUUUCUUUAAAAAUAUAUCCAUUUGUUCAUUCUAUGUUUUCAGUGGUGUAGUAAGGGAGGGAGGUCUAGGGGUCUGGCCUUCUAAACCCCUUCAUGACUUGAAAAUCCUUUCAAGAAAAUGUAAUUCUUUGUGUUUAUAGGGGUCUUUACUCUUUACCCUCCCCCCAUCACCCUUGAGAUUUUUGACCAUUGACACCCAUCCCCCCUGAUAAAUUUCCAUCUAUAUCACUGUAUGUUUUUUUCAUAUAUCCUUGCUAGUUCGACUUUACUGUAUUUUGAUUCCAUGAAGAUAAUUUUGAAGUGCUAGAUUCAGACGAAUCGAGUUUGAAUUUUUUUUUUAGUUUUGUUUGAUUUCCUUAGCUCUUAGAGUCAGAUUCAAAUGUAUCCUUCUUUAGUUAAGUUGCAUGGUUUGUGAAGAUAAGGAGUGUCUUCCUUGUUUGUAUGUUAAAUGUUUGGUGCAAAGGUGAAACAAGUAAUUUUCCUGGGAGUAUGAAAGUGACUUUAAUAUCCAGCAACAUAGUCUUUGUAGCAAUAUUUAAUGUUACAAAAACUGCUCAUCUUAGUCUCAAAUCAAUGAAGCAUCAACCUGCAAGACUUACGAAACAAACAAAUUUUUAGGAAACUCAUGUAAACAUACUUGAGGACUACCGAUGUUGCAUUACAUUCCAAACACCAAAUCCAGCCUGAUUUUUCUUGACUAUGGUUAUAAAGCCAUACUAGUUGCACACUUGUGCACCAGAUACUUUCAGAGAGAAACUAAUGACUCGCUUUCUCAGAGCAACGUCACUGAGUUUGGCAUCUGUAUUUCAAGCUCAAAGUCUAUCACAACUUCUCUCCUAGAAAAUCCAGCUUCACAUGAUUUUCAUCUAUAUGUAGGCAUAAUCUCCUUUGAAAAUUAUACUUGUAAAUAACCUUUACCGGGUUUAUCAGUAUGUGUCACAGUGUUUCUUGAGUCUGAUCUAGUGUGUCAGUUAUAAAAGGAAUUUUUUAUGAAAAGAAUAUAUUUUUUUCAGAAUGUAUCAAUAAAUCAGAAUUUAGUUUUUUGUAAAUAAGACUUUCGUUAAUAUUGAAAAAGUUACUACAAACAAUUUUAUUAUUGUUAGGUUUUUCGUAUCUCUGGAGCUGUUAGUAUCUUAAAAUACAUAAGAUCUGCUUUAACAGGAUUUUGAAUCAGUAUUCGUUCUUGUGUUGUAAUGGCUGACGUGUGUGAUGAAUCCUCAGUAUCAGAUCAGAUUUUUUUCAAGACUUAAAAUAACAUCAGUUUAACCUGGAAAUAUCAAAAUGAGAGUAUUUUAUUCCCAAGAAAUAUUGUAAGGAAAAUAAUGAUCAUGCUGGGAGUCUUGUAGGCUCCCUAAAGUUAUCACAUUAUUUUUUUCCGAAAACCUUUUUUGAAGCUAUCAGUAGUGUGGUUUCUCAUUGUGUCGGAAACCGCCUUGCGGAAGCUUUUCAGUACUUUUUGAGAUUAAUACUCAUUUUUCCGCAACUAUCCAUGACUUAAUCCAAUACUUUACAAAAUAGGACGUUUCUGUAAUUUUAUCAUAAAUUUUGAAUGAUAUUUUGCAAUCAUUGGUGCCUAGUCUAAAAUACAAAGCGUUCAACUAAAAGUGAGAAUACAUCUUCUCUUUCUCUAUUUUUUCUUUUUCAUUGCAAGAAAAAAAGGGAAAACGGAAUUGAAAAUCAUCUUUUACUGAAAUAUCUAAAUAACUUCUGUUUGUAAAAAGUGUAUAGACUUUUUCCUAUUCUACAGAAAAAUUGUUCAACAUUUUCAAUAUUUUUGGUACAGCACAUUGCGCAUGCCAGCUAAGCCAUUUGGUAUGUUUUCUUUUAUUUAUUUAUUUAUUUUUGAAAACCCCUUGCAAUUAAUUAGAACAUGUAAUGAAGGCCUUGUUUGGUGUGAGGCAUACUUAUCCCGGUUUCAGAAUAAUUAUCAGUUAUUCAGCACUUCUCUUCAGAUGGCAGCACAGGAAUUUCCUUCUGAAAAAAUUAUCUUGGUUUUUUUGUGUAAUCUCUAUGACUCAUUCAAUACUAGCGCUAGAUUUUAUUUUUGGUUUCUCUAAAGUCAUUGGUGCUGCCAUUUUUUGUGUUAUCAAGGAUAAAAAAAGAAAUGUGUCAUGGUCUGAGCCUGUAAUCAGGUCAAAUAGAAGCUUCAACCAUGUACGCCAAUCUCACAUUUAACUGACAUCAAAAGCGCCAUUUUUUUAAACUUGAUAAAAUGUAUUAUGUUUAAAGAAAGUAAUUAAAUUGAUCUAAUCAAUAUAACUUGAAGCAAUUGUGUAUAAAUAAACCGUGUCAAACACUUGUUUCAUUAUUUAUCAUUUUGUUAAUACAUAUUGAGUUACCUAUUA